CAGAGUACUGAAGUCAAGAGAAAUUUGCUUCCAGUGCGCCUAAGUAGAAAUAAUAUGGCUGAGAAUGAAGUCGCCAAAGCAAUUACAAAAGCGCCAUUGGCCUCAGCGGCGGUUAUACUAUGGUGGGUUACACGACAAAAACACAUUGUGAAUGUGGGGGAAACCAGAAUGUUCCAAAGCGACGAAAAAAAGAAAAGAAAUAGAAGCGGUGACGCACACAACGAAUCUCUGUUGAUGCAGCUACCCGCGGAAGCACUCAAAAGCAGACAUGUGCCAUGUGCUCCUCCUUGGGUGUUUGACCUCGAUUGGAGGCUACUGAAGGGGUGCGAGGGAAGUGCGCAAGGUUAUGCGUGGUACUCUCGCACGGGGUACAGCAGAUUUAAUGGGGUGCUAAGGGCCUGUAAAAUAUUUGUUACAACGAGCCACUUGAUGACAUUUUGAAGUGGCCGGUGUUCCGACGGGCAACAUGGAAGAUGCCCUGAAGGUUCCUUGGCCAAUGUAUGAGGGUACACUUGAUUUGGUAUCCUCUACGGACGUCAACGUCAAAGUUCGUUGCAAGACGCGCAAGAAAACUUAUUCAUGCAGCAAGCCAACUUGUUGAAGCUCCUGGAAGUGAGUUACCUUGUAUUGUGAACAUUUUGCCGGCAUUAGUAGGUUACCUAACGGUUUUUCAGAGGAAGCAUCCUGAUCUGCACCGCGUUGCACAGCAGAAGCGUAAAGCUUCUGAUGGCGAAAGGCAACCAACACUGAGGCUAAACGGAAGAAAUUGGUGUAACUGAUAGCCACGUCGCCCACAGUAUCUCAGAGACAAAUAUACGGGACUGUUUUAAAUUUCGUUGUGGGGAGCAUGCAGUGCUUUUCUGUUGUGGAGAACGAGUAGUUUAGUCGCAUUAUUGAGGUACUCCAGCCUUCAAGAACAGUAAUAGGGCGAAACGCUCUUGUGCCCUGCUGAACAGUGCUUACGACGACAUGAAGCAAUCACGUGGUGAGAGGUUUGGGAAGGUUUCUGCCGUCUUCUGCACAGCCGACUGCUGGACUGCUUUGAACAGAGCCUUCCGUGAUGGAACAGGAGAUUGGCCUUAAUCUUCUGGCAAAAUUGAAGACAGUGAAACUGAUAAGGGUCAAAGACUUUUGCCAUUGGGUUUACAGUGUGCAGGACACCAGAAAUAAGGACUUGUUCAGUGUGUACAAUGAAGAUGAGGCUGGGCUCUGUCCCACCUGUGUCUUUGGGCCUGGAAGUGCACCUUUCACAGCAUAUAUGAAGCAAAGUGAUAGACUGAAUAGACUCCCAAUGAUGGUCUUCGAACGCCCUCUACGUCUUCAGAGCGGUCUCAAGGGACUUUUCUGUUGUUGCCUGGGGCAGGAGAUGAAGAUUGACGCCCCUCUGGAAGAAGAAUUGCCUCUAUUUCAGAAGAUUAUAAUGUGUUGGGUACCUCCCUCACCAUUUAUGACGCCAAAGGAAAGCCCCGCCUUAAAGGUUAUUGGCCCCACUCUGCCACAGUACUGCCCGUGCGCAACGCGUCCGUCCAUCUUGAAGGCAUUGUUUCAACUGCUGAGCUUCACCAUUUCAACUCUUGCUGUUUCCAUCUUGGCUUCUGGCAGCUCUGCAAUGCUCCGGGUCCGCUUGGCCCAGGUUCAUUGCCCCAGGCACACUGGUGUUAAACCCAUUUACGAAUAAAAGAUCUCGUGGAAGAUCUCUCUUGCAGUUUGUUCACAAUGGCGUAACUAUGCAGUGUCAUGCGGGCACAUAUUUCGCUCAUGUGAA